UCCUAUGUGUCCCCGGGGGCGGGGGCCGUCCCAUCUACAGCAUCAUGCAUUGUACAAGACUCCUAACUAAUCCUUGUGAUUGAGAGGAGAUCCAGCAUGGACCAAGGCAUCAUGGAGAACGGCACUGCAGCUCCAGACAUCGGCCCUCGAUAUGCCAAUUUUGAGACUCCAGAUAUUAUUGUGGUCGUGCUUUAUUUCGUUUUUGUCCUCGUCGUUGGGAUAUGGUCUUCGGUCCGAGCAAGCAGAGGGACAGUCGGUGGUUAUUUCUUAGCUGGAAGAAACAUGACGUGGUGGCCGAUUGGAGCUUCACUUCUGUCCAGCAAUAUUGGAAGUGGUCUCUUUGUUGGGAUGGCUGGGUCUGGGGCUGCAGGAGGAUUGGCAGUUAGUGGUUUUGAAUGGAAUGCUUCCUGGGUGCUGGUAGCCCUUGGAUGGAUCUUUGUUCCCGUUUACAUUGCUUCUGGAGUGGUCACUAUGCCUGAAUACUUGAAAAAGCGAUUUGGUGGUAAACGGAUUCGUAUCUACAUGUCUCUUUAUUCGCUCCUCCUCUACAUCGUCACUAAAAUUUCGACAGACCUGUUCUCUGGAGCGCUCUUCAUCCAGGUGUCCCUGGGAUGGAACAUUUACCUGUCCACUGUCUUACUGUUGGUUGUGACCGCAAUUUACACUGUUGCUGGUGGGCUAACUGCAGUUAUCUACACGGACACCCUACAGACAGUCAUUAUGGUGGUGGGGUCUUUUAUUCUUAUGUUUAUAUCAUUUAACGAGAUUGGCUGGUACACAGGACUGGAGCAGAAGUACAUGGAGGCUAUUCCAAAAAUUAUUGUCCCGAACACAACCUGCCAUCUGCCCCGCAGUGAUGCAUUCCAUAUACUACGUGACCCUAUCAAUGGGGACCUACCAUGGCCUGGCCUUAUAUUUGGUCUGACAGUGGUGGCCACCUGGGUUUGGUGCACCGAUCAGGUUAUCGUUCAGCGAUCUCUAGCAGCCAAGAACCUCUCCCACGCCAAGGGAGGCUCCAUAGUCGGGGGUUAUCUGAAAAUUCUUCCUGCAUUCUUUGUAGUAUUUCCAGGAAUGAUUAGCAGAGCCUUGUUUCCAGAUGAGAUUGGCUGCGUUCAUCCAGACGAAUGCCGGAAAUAUUGUCAGAUUGAAACGAGCUGCUCCAACAUUGCCUAUCCCAAGCUGGUAAUUACACUCAUGCCUGUCGGACUAAAAGGGUUAAUGAUAGCGGUAAUCAUGGCUGCUCUGAUGAGCUCUCUCACAUCCAUCUUCAAUAGCGCCAGCACGAUCUUCACAUUGGAUGUCUGGUCCCAUAUGCGAAGAAAUGCCACAGAACAAGAGCUUAUGAUUGUUGGCAGAGUUUUCAUAGUCAUACUAGUGGUUAUAAGUAUCCUUUGGAUCCCCAUCAUCCAGGCAGCAAACAGCGGGCUACUGUUUGAUUAUAUGCAGUCUGUCACUAGUUACCUCUCCCCACCGGUCACCGCCAUAUUUAUUUUGGCAAUUUUUGUCAAGAGAGUCAAUGAGCCAGGAGCCUUCUGGGGUUUGAUCCUUGGGCUGGUGGUGGGUUUGGUUCGAAUGAUAAUGGAUUUUUUAUAUCGAGCCCCAAACUGUGGAGAGGAGGACACCCGUCCAGCUGUGCUGAAGGAUGUUCACUAUUUGUAUUUUGCGCUUAUUCUUUUUGGGUUCACGGCAAUUGUCUGCAUUGUGAUCAGCCUGUUUACCCCAGCUAUACCCAAUGAGAAGAUCGGUCGUUUCACUUGGUGGACACGACACAGAUCAGAGAAAAAUACCAACCUGGAGGAAUAUGAAAAGACAUCAGAUAAUGCUGAGGUACCUUCGAACACCCUGCUAAUGGAGAAUGACCCAGCACAGGGAUCAAUGGUACCACAAGUUGAAGUGAUAACCAAAAGUUCAUCCAUCAAAGAGCAGAAAUCAGCGCGCAAUGCCGCUUCGUUCCCCUGGUGGAAGAAGGUUGGUUUCUGGUUCUGUGGAUUGUCUAUGCAGCCUGAAGUCAAGCUGUCUAAAGAGGAAGAGGAGAAGUUACAGAGGAAGCUGACCAGUAUUGAUGAAGAGCCAUUAUGGAGAAACGUGUGCAAUGUUAACGCUGUCAUCCUCCUCGCCAUCAAUGUUUUUCUAUGGGGAUAUUUUGCUUGAAAUGACUUUGGACAGUAACAGUGACCGAGUUAAAGGAAUUGUCAUCAUCCACUGUGUAUAGUUCUGGACGAAUCCGCCGUUCCAGCUAGGAAAGGAGGGGACAUGCGCAAUGUAUGAACUUAAUACAAUAUGGCAAACCGCAAUGAACCUAAAAUAACCAAUCACUGCUUACAUUUCACAGUAUAACUGGAGUGAAGGCAAUUUUUGGGAUUGUGAGGUUUGAAGGUCCAGUCAUGACUUCUACUUACCCUCAUUUACAGUAGCAAGAAGCAAUUUGUUUUCCUUCAUACCCCUUGUGCUAUUUUAUAUGCUAUCUGAGCCUCUAGUACGGAGGUUUUUUUAACACUUCUAUGUCUAAAUGUGGUAAAUAAAACACAAAAUCAAAAAAUUUAAUAUAUUGCAGUUUACCAAUCCUGUGGUGGCAGCAUUUGUUUUCUUUUUUUUAGGCUUUUACCAACUGUUUUUACCUGAUGAUCUGGCCAGGAGCACACCUCCUGUAUUAGUGUGCCCCCCCCACUCUGAAUGGAGGAGCACAGGAGGCACAUUGGAGCCACACCCUAGCUCACUAGGGUGACCACGUGUCCCGGAUUGCCCUGGACAGUCCCGCAUUUUGCAGGUCUGUCCCAGGCACAUU